AUUCCACUCGUAGAACUAUUCUCUUUUAGAAAACUCUGUAAAAUACUACUUAAAAAGCAUAGCUUUCAGCUCCGAAGGCAGUGGGUGUGGGUGGCUAUGUAUGUGGUGUUGCGCAUGCUGCAUUCUCUCGCGGGCGGAGCACGCGAUGGCUGGUCCCUGGAGGGUUGACACACUGCCCCUGCUCGCCACUGCGUACGUGGCCUACCUUCUGGCAGGGGCAGCUGUGUUCCAGGUGCUGGAGUUGCCUGCAGAGCAGAACAUCCGGCAACGGCUGACGGACUCCUGGGCAGCCUUUAUUCAGAACCACUCGUGCGUGGAUGAUGGGACACUAGACCUCUUCUUGCAGGAGGUGCUGGAUGCGAGGUCCCAUGGCGUGCGGGUCGCAGCCGGGCAAGCGAGCAGCCCCUCCAACUGGGACUUCAGCAGCGCACUGCUCUUUACCGUCACUGUGGUCACCACCAUCGGCUACGGGAGCACCGCGCCGGGCUCCACGUGGGGCCGCGCGUCGUGCGCGUUCUACGCGCUGCUCGGCAUCCCGCUCAACCUGCAGCUGCUGUCCCGAGGUGCCCCGACCGUCGCCGCACCGACCCGCGCCGCCCGCCGCUGGCUGCGACUGAGAGGCGUCCGCCAGAGCUGUUGGUGCGGGGUGGCUGCGUGCUGGGUGCAACGCUGCUCUGCUUGCUUCUGCCCGUGGCCGUGCUGCCUGUCACGGAGGGAUGGAGCCAUGCCAAGAGCCUCUACUACGCCUUCAUCACGCUCAGCACCAUCGGCUUUGGAGACCUGGUCGUGGGUACGGUCUCAUCACAAACCGUGGCACUUUGCUCGUCUAAUAACAUUGGCCAUGUACGGUCCAUGAAGUUUGGGGGGGGUACAGGUGUGGACAAAACGGGUAAAGAGCACAGUUCUACCGUACGGUACUCUUUAAAUUGGCUCGUUAUCCUGGCUCCAAUUGCAGUGAAAAUUGUGUAAAUCUGAGCGAAGGACAUGCAUUGGCAACCUUGGUAUCACUUGAGUUAUUAGUUUACAGAAACAUUGGAGGGUGAUGUCAAUGCUUAAUCAAGGCAUUGCUGUUAACAUUUAGUAAAACUCAAAGAGUGGGGAAUCUUUUCAUUACCAAGGGAUGAAUUGGGACUUGAUUUCAGAGACCUUUGGGGGGGGGGAGUACAGAGGUAGUUUAAAUACCGACACUUUGUUCACUUCUUGCAGGGUUGGAUGUUUUUGGGCCCAUGUGGCCAUGGACCGUAUGAUAUGAAGUAAUCAGCUAUAAUUGGUCGACGGUCAGAUUCCCCACCAAUGGCAUAAAUUUAAGACUACUUUACUCUCCGUGCAACCUGUGUGUGGUAUGCACACGCAGUCGAAGUGCAUAUCGAGUGUGAAUGUUGGGCCUGGCUCACCGCCUGGCAGCCCUCACUUGUGGUUCCUUGCGCCCAAGUCAUUCUGUCGAGCAUGAGCAAACACUGUGCGCGUUACGAGUUUUUCUCUUCGCCGACAAGGAGGGGCCAAAUUCAUUCCAAUUACAGUUAUUUGCAUGGCCUAGGUUCGGAGCCCGGCCGAGAAUACGUGGCAGGCUACCGCACGCUGGUGGCCGCAUGGAUCGUUGCCAGCCUCGCCUGCCUUGCUGCCACCUACCACGCAUUAUCUACGACGGCCCUACAGCCCGAGGACGAGCACUCGCUCAUCUCACCUCAAGACGAUGACAAACGGAAAAGUACAGCACGCCUGCUCGGCUGCACAGCAGCCGGGGAAUGAGCCUUGUUGUCUGUUCUGUUAACCUCCUGACUUCGUGGUGUGUGUCACGCAUUGCCAGCUGUAAUCUGGCUUAAGCAGAAUUCACGUAAUCUUAGACUCAAGGAUUAAGUCAUUCACACAAGACUGCUGCGAAUAUAUCGUAAAUGUAUACUCAAAGCUUAUUAGCGGUCUGCAGAAGUUAUAAGUGGGCCCCGGUUCCCUUGAAUACAUCAUAAACCAGACACGAACACUGCCGACACUGAUGUGUGCCACCAGCAAUGGAGGCUCCAUCUUCUGCAGGUGGUGAUGUACCUUUCUGCACAUUACAGAAUCGCCAUACACAGUGACAAUGAAACCAAACUGCAUCUAUAUAUUUUAAACUAUGCACAUGUGAAACAUAACAUAGCGGCCGGUAAUGUGUGGUGGACAUUUUUUUAUCUUGUAGGUUGGAGCAGAUGAAUAAUAAAAAUGAGAAAAUAUU